AUACAUUUGAAGUGUCAAAAUGCGGACGCAGGAUUAUCAAGACACAGACGCUCCUCUUUUUGGUGAAGAUGACGAUACCAGCACGUUAAGAAAGUCCAAAAUCAGGCAUCCAUUGGCCUCAUUCUUCCAUCUUUUCUUCCGAGUAUGCGCCAUUGCGGUCUACUUAUUGUGCGAGAUCUUCAGUAGUCGCUUCAUUGUCUGUAUGGUCACCAUCAUCCUUCUGCUGUCAUGUGACUUCUGGACUGUCAAGAAUGUAUCUGGCAGAUUGUUGGUGGGGCUUCGAUGGUGGAAUCAAGUGGAUAAAGAUGGAAAGAGCCACUGGGUGUUUGAGUCAAGGAAGACAGACAGUCUGAAUCCAACGUCGAGUGCAGAGGCACGGAUCUUCUGGCUUGGCCUCAUUGUGUGCCCCAUGUUCUGGAUCAUUUUUGUGUUCAGCACCAUUUUUUCUUUCAAGAUUAAAUGGCUGGCUGUUGUAAUUAUGGGCUUGGUUUUACAAUGGGCCAACGUGUAUGGCUAUGUCAGAUGCAAAGUUGGCGGACAGUCCAACCUAAGAAACAUGGCAAAGAACUACCUUGGUGUCCAGAUUUUUAAAGAGACAAUGAAGAAAACAAUGGGACCUUUAGGUUAAAGAGGAGAUGAGUACGAUGCUGGAUGGACACACUAAAUUCACUUGAUUCCUUUUUGAAAACAUUAGGAUUAAUGGGCUUUUGCACUUCCAUUGGAGUCUUUGGUUAAAGUUUUUGGUUUUUGUAUGUGUCAUUCUCUUUGAAUGUAUUGAUUGUUACAUUCAAGAAUAAUUGACUUCUAAAAAUUCAACAUUCAUUUUUUGAUUUAUUUCAAUAAUUUCAUAUAAUAGUUUUCAUACUCCAGGUGAUGGCACAGGGAAAGGUGAUUUUUUUUUUAUUGAUGUGAGACAAUUGUUGCAUCAUUUUGUAGACUAACAAACUUAACUAGUAAGCACAGUCUAAAAAUGAUUUACAUUAACUUAUUAUUAUCUUUACAUUACCAGGAGUGCAGAUAUUAAAAUGUGAAUGUGACCACACUUUAUGCAUGUUUUUUUCUCAAAUGUACAGCAUGAAAUGUGUAUUACAUAUAAUAUUGCUGUACCCUGAGGUUGAGCCACUUUUUCUGAAUUUUGAUGAAUCAACUCUGCAGGAAUAUUUUGUAUGUUUUCUAAGGCCAUUUGGGAUGAAUGGUUUAAUUAUUUUGGAUAUAUAGAAAUAUAUAUAUUUAAAUUAUAAAGUUGUUAACUUCAACAUGUUUACUCAUGCUUCAAUAUAGAUGUUGUUAAUCUUAUUGUGGCUGCUGAUUAAAUCUUGGUUGUGGCAAUGAAAUUCAAUGAAACUUUAUUUUCUUACAUUGACAUUAUAGGAUAUGGUAGGGAGGUUAGGGUUACGUUUUUAAAGUUGAAAAUAUGUUUUAAAAGUGUUACUUGAGUGUGGUAUUAUAUGAAAAACAGCCACUUACUCAGACUUCCCCUGGCAUAUUGUUGUUUUCUACAAAUAUGAUAAGUAACAUCUAAUGAUUGUUUCUGACUUUCUCAUGACUCACUGCAAAUGCUUCAGUUGAGCCACUAUACUAAUUAUGUGAUCAUGUUAUUUACACAUAUUUAACAGCAUCCUAAUGUUUGAGCAGCAUAAAUUAAACGUGUUAUAGUCUUACCAUAAAGUCCAUGCUGAUGACAUCGUACACACUUAAUAAGAAUAUUAGUUGCUGAUCUGUUCACCUCUCUUUAGCCUCCCUUCAGCAGCUUUGUGGUAGACAUACACAGAGUGGUGAAAUAUUAAACAUAAGUUCAAGUCUUGCAGGUUAAAAUGUCAUGAAGUCAGAUGGAGAGUAGUUGUGGGGUAAAUAAUCAAGUGAAGGUAAAGAAGUGCCUCUGCUAGUAUUGAUUCAACCACUAGGUGGCAACAAAGGAACCUUUGUGUAUUGAGAAUUCAUUGCAGUGUACUUAGAUUUGUGUUAAUCACCUGUGAGUCUCUGCCAACAUGCAAUAGUUUAAGAAGCUGAGUGAAGAUGCUUGAACAUUUUAAGCAAACCCUUAACACCAUCAUUACUUUGUGUAUUCAGCAAUAAGUGGUGCUUUCAUCAGUAACUGGACAGAGAGAGGCCUCUUGAGCCGAACAAGUAGAUGAUCAUCAAAGUUUUGGUGUGAUCAAAAAGCACAGUAGAAAAGAAGAAUAAGAUCUUUUUUUUUUCAGUGCUGAAAUUA